AUGGGCAGGGGCAGAGCAAAGGGAAAGAAGCUAUCCUCAACCAGCCAAGACGAUCCUGGGAGUGGUGAGGAAGAAAAAAUCCCGCAACAGAAAAGAAGAGGAAGGCCACAGAAGCUCCUUAAAGAGGAGAUGGACGAGGAAGAAGCCCAAAAGAAUGAAGAUGACGACAGCGAGAACACACUGGAUGGUGACGUGAAAAGCAAGUCCCCACUGGUUGGGAAGAAGCGAGCAAGGACUGCCCAGACAAAAGACAAAGCAGCCGACUCAGUGAAGGAGGAAAAUGGGAAUGGAACGAGCACUGAGGACAAGGAGUCGAACAAACCGAAUGGCUUCCGGACAAAUGGGAACCGGCGAAAGAACAAGCCUCACCGCGCUGCCGAGGCUGUUGUUGAGUGCAACUGA